GCCGACCGGCUCUCCUCCUUCGACUCCAGUUAUCAUUCCUUGGGGUUUUACUCUCUCUCUCAAUCGGAUCAGACAUGGAUUCCCUGGCGAGACUUCACUCUGCUCACAAGCCACUGCACCUCUCUCGCACCCCCAACCUCCACUCAUCCUCGAAACUUUCCUUUUCUCUCCAUUCCCUCUCCUUCAAAACCCUCGGCCCGCCGCCGCCCUCUUCGCCGCCGAAAUUCCCCUCCCUCAGAGCCUCAUCCUCCCGCUCCCCGUCCCCGUCCCCGUCCCCGUCCCCGUCCGACCCUCCUCGAAAGCCUGACUCCCCUCACACGCUCCAAACCGCCUGCGUCGCCUUGUCCGCCGCCGCCGCGCUGUUCCUCUCGCGCUUCCACCUCAAGCCGGCCAUUGCCGCCCCGAUCGCCGCCCCCGAGGUGGGGACCGCCGGUGAGGAGUCGGGCAGGGCCGGCGCUUCGUCCGAAGAAGAGGAGCGGACCAUCGAGGAGCAUCUGAGCCAGUACGGGGACGACGUGGAGGCGCUCCGGUCUCUGAUGGAGGUCAAGAUCAAGUCGAGGAAGCUCCAGGAAGCGAUCGAAAUCCUCGACCGCCUGAUCGAGCUGGAGCCUGAAGAGCGUGAGUGGCGGCUGCUGAAGGCUAACAUCUAUAGCUACAGCGGCGAGUUCGAAUCUGCAAAGAGAGCAUUUGAGGAGAUACUGGAGAAGGACCCGCUCCGCGUGGAGGCCUAUCACGGCCUUGUGAUGGCGGCUUCCGAGUCGGGGGAUGAGUUGAAGGAGCUGUUUGAGAGGAUUAAGGCGGCGAUGGAGAGGUGCAAGAAGGAGAAGAAGAAGUCCGAGGUGAGGGACUUCAAGCUUUUGAUCGCCCAAGUUCGGGUCAUCGAAGGGAAGUACAAUGAGGCUUUGAGCGUGUAUCAGGAGCUCGUGAAGGAGGAGCCUAGGGAUUUCAGACCCUAUUUGUGUCAGGGGAUACUCUACACUUUGUUGAGGAAGAAAGAUGAGGCAGAGAAGCAAUUCAACCAGUACAGGAGACUUGUUCCCAAGAAUCACCCUUACGCGGAGUAUUUUGAUGAUAAUAUGUUUGCCACCAAGUUUUUCGCGCAAAAGGUGGAGAGGGAGAGAGCGGGCAUGAAGAGCUGAGGUGGAUUAGCUGAUUGUUUGCUGCUUUGAUCAGGUCUGCCUCACUCUAAUGAAACGCUCGGAUCCUUUUCUUAGCGAGGCUCAUAUCCUUUCCUUAGCAAGUCUCUUGCCUUUCAUACAUGUGGUAGAGCGCAUCAAUGUGGACCUGACAAUGAGUUAUGCUGUCGGUAGGAUCUUUCUUCUUGGCAGAUUUUAGGUCGUUAGUGUAGCAUUCCCCAAACAGAGGAGAGGUUUUGGAAGAGAAUUUGGUUGCAUUUGUCAGUCUCAACUUAUCUAUUAUCAUGAUUGUGUGCAUAACUGCCAAUCUUUGAUUGAAUGACGUUAAUAACUUCUGUGGCCUUCUUCUUGGAUA